CAGCAAGCGGUCACACUGGCAUCAGCUGUUGUACACUUUUUACUUAAAGAAGAUGUAUGUAGACCCUUGAUCACAAAAACAUCUGUCGUCCAUUAUUUUGUCGCUGCGGAAUUUAUCGAUUUGCCAAGCACCACGCAGUCUGGCUCUAGAAAAAGGGGAUUUCCCGUUAAAUUGUGAGACAGGUCGCAAAAUUGCUGAUUACUAAAACCAGUCAGUGCUAUUGCGACAACUGCGCGAUGUCGGAUGAAGAAUCGUUCGUCAUCUUGGGCAGCUCCCCGUACCCUUCUCUCAUGCCAGAGGGCAAAUCUCUGGUGUUCGAUGGCUUGGGCGACGUCGCGGAGGCUAAAGAAUCAAUAGCAUCGACGAGUGCACAGCAGCCACCAUUGAGCAGUGCUCCAUCAGCCAUGACUGCCUCGCAGGAGCAACCCUUAUCACUGGAGUCCGGAGCAUCCCAGCAUCAGUCACUGGCGGCCAGUUUCAUCAUGGGAGAAGUACAGUCCGAUGUCCUAAAGAAUAGUGUUUACUCCCAGUUUCCCAGCCUUUGCUCCUUGCAGGCUUCCGCGGAAGAUGUGGUCAAGCUGCAACACAUGAUGACCGAGUACGUUUCUCUAAAGAAAACACUUGACAAGGUAAACAUCACUAUGCGUGACUACCACAAGCUAACCCAACAAUGGCGACAGGAGGCCGCCGACAAGGAGCAGCAGUACAGGGAGCAACUAAGGGAAUGUCAGGUGCUGGUCGAGAAACUGCGCGAGGAGAACCAGAAGCUGAAAGAAGACCUGGAGACCAAGAUGGUGCAAAUAGAGGUGGUCCAAGAGUUCAGUCAAAAGGAGCAGAGUGAGCUUCGGCAGAGUAUUUCCGAGAAAAAGUCUCUUAUCGACAACAUGCGGGUGGAGAUUGACAAGCUGCAACAGAUAAAGAUGCACUCAUUCGAGUUUGUUCCUGAGGAUGGGGGCAAAACUGAAGCGGAUCCGGACAAAGCUCUGAAUUAUGUGCAACGGGAAGAGCACGAUCGGCAGGUGCGUGAAUUGCAGGGACAGCUCUCUAAAUUGGUGGCGGAAUGUCUUGAGGUCAACGACAUGAAAAAAACCUAUAUCGAGGAGAUCGACUGUUUGAAGGUGAACUUAACGAGUGCGCAGGAGCUAAUGGGCAAAAUGCAGCGAGACAUCAACGAACUGAAGGCUAAGGACAUAGAGAAACAGGAAAUGAUCGAGCACCUACAAACGCAGAACGACAUCUACCGAAAGGAUUUCGAAAUGGAGCGGGCAGAUCGCGAAAAGAAUGCCGGCGAGAAAGACCAGUAUCUAAUGGACUUGCGGGCGCUGCAGAGAAGGAACCAGGAACUAAUCGAGGCCCUUGCCGAGUCUCAUAAGGCUAGCAAGGCACCUUCACCCGCCCCUUCGUUAAGUUCGAGCAGGACCAGUCUGCGAGAGGAGCAGAGACCAGUAAGAGUUCUCGACCCAAAUGGUGCAGCCUCCCGUACUUCGGACGCUGUCCUGCGGUGUCCCAUCUGUUCAAAAUCGUUCAACGCUCUAAGUGUGCUUCAGAGCCACGUUAACGAUUGUUUGGACAAGAACUAAAAAUUGUUAACCAUUAAUAUAUUUUUGUAGACAUCAUUCUAUUCUUUAAGGUUAAAGAUUGGCCAGCUGGCUAAUUGCACAUUAUAAAAAAAACUAAACACAAAUUAUAAUUACGUUACAAAUGAAAAGGUA